AUGGACGCGGAACAAGAAGCAGAAGUCGUCCAGGCGCUUCCAGACGCCACAGAAGUCGAGCAAAUCGGAAACAUUGCUGAAAACGACGAUAGAAAAUUUCGAUUGAUCACAGUCGAGAAUUUGAGACAUCCCGGAGGAUGGUUCACUAAUCGGCAAGUAAGUCCUUCCUGAAAAUUUCACGAGAAUAACCGAAUUUCGAUGACUUUCAGUUCCAAAGGCUGCUCAACAAAGCGGCAACGUUCCAGACGUCAUUCGAACGACCAGAGCGUUCAGAUGAACGAGUAGGAUAUACAUUUUUUAUAAAGAACUCAAAAAUGUCAGUUUUUCAGCAAAUCAAAACCGGAAGCAUCGAAUUCGUGUUCAGCACGGUCGAAUCGGCCCGUGACGCCUACACAAGCCUCCAGAAGAUGAUCAUCGACGGAGCCAGGCCGAUUACACUUGUAGAUCCUGAAUUUUGUAAGAAACAUGUCUAAACCUAACAUUUUUGUUCAAAAAAAAAGUUUCAGUCGCCGCCGAGAUCUCGUCAUCAUCGCAUCAGCAAUUUUUCGAAGUUUCGGAUGACGGGCGGCUCGUCUACCUUCUCGACGCGCCGAAAUCCAUCGACGAGCACAUGAUUGCGCAUUUCUUUGGCUCCGAAGUGCCCGUCCACUUUUCCAGCCUUCCUAUGCCGUCCGGAGACGGACUUUUGCAGGUAGAAGUGCUUCUCGAGAGCCCAGAAUCCGCGCAGAGGGUGCUCGCAGGACCGGACAAGUUUCCGAUGAGCGACGAGGACGUUGAGUGCGUUGUUACGUACGUCUUUCUCUGAAAAAAAUGUAUUGUGAAAUUUUACGUUUUCAGACUUUUAAAGCCACGCGAAUAUGCGCUGUACUCCAGAAUGGACGACGCCCGUCAGAAGCCUUCGGGGCUUCGAAACCAGCCAAAAGAGGCGGCGCCUGCACAUUCCUUGGCUCCGGAAAUCGACGAAGACGAGAUCGUUCAAAAACUGAUGGAUGUCAUCGACGAGCGACGUCUCAAUUUUGCCGAAAUCAACGAGAAGGACGAAAUUUACGAGUUGUGUGACGCCGUCUCUGCCCUCUACAACGGAGUUCCCGAUUCAAUUCUGAAGCCGGCGAUGGGCGCCGUCCUCCAGAAACACCUGAACCGCACGGAGAUGCACUGGAUGCGAGAGCACAUCGAGUCGCUGCUCAGGACGUGGAAAACGGAGAUUCUGAGAGAGCAACCGUACCCGAGACCGUCUUUCGUGGCCAUGGAGGCGCCCGUCUAUCAGCCUGUCAUUCGCGAGGAGCGCAAAGAGAGCAAGGGGUACUUCGCUCUGAAAUUCCGAUUCCGAGGAAUAAUGUGAAAACUUUUCCAAUUUUCAGAGCCAACAAACGCAGUAAAGCGGCUCGCGCGCAGAUGGGCGUCGGCGCGUUCCUCUCCGCCCAUCGCGAACGUCUUCUCGUGGAGACCGGCGAGGUGGACGUGGAUUCAGACGACGACGGCAACGUCGUCAUUGGCGGCGAGGCGCUGAGUUUCGACUCGUGGGCACGCAUCACAAAGACGAAGGCGAGUGGGGUGGUCCGAACGGACGACGACGGAACGACGAAGAUCGGCAACGGCGGGCUGACGAAAAAACAGCAGCGACUGGCGAGGACUGUCGAGGGAAUGGAUCAGGACGAGUGGAAGCGGUGGCGGAAGGAGAAGAGCGCGGCGAGGAAGGCGGAAAUGAAACAGAGAAUUAUGGCGAAAGGAGCCAUGGAGGAGGGCGGCGAGGAGGAUCCGGAAGCGGAGAAACCUCUGGAAGUGGUACCGCCGCCACCGGUUCCGCCUCCGGUCAAAAAAGAUCUCGAUGAGGGAGAAAUCGACUCGGAAGAGGAGCGGAAAGCCGAGGCAGAAGCACGCGGAAAGAAGCGGAAGGCGCAGAAGGGCUCUUCGGACUCAUCGAGCGAUUCCACGUCAUCGUCGUCGGAAGAGGAGACGGACGGUCCGGUCGACGCGCGGAAACGCAGAAAGCUGCGACGGAAGAAGGACCGCAAGAAUCCACGCGUGCUGGCCGCCUCGCAACCGACUCUACCGGCCGAAUUCAAAGUUAUUUAUGAGAAUCGCAAGGCGCUCGUCGCGCAAAUGACGCCGGCCCACAAAGCCGCGUUCGCGAGUGCUCUUACUCAGGUCGGGAUUCGAUAAAACUGAAGGUUUCAUAAGAUUUUUCCAGAUUAUCCAGCAACAAAACAAUCCGAUCUCCCAGGCCAACGCUUCCCAGCUCAUCACCUCGGCAAUGUCACAAUUCAAAUGA